AUGACUGUGAACUCCUCCAGCCGCCACCUGCGUGUGGCUAUUAUCGGUGGAGGUCCAGGUGGCCUCGCAACUGCCAUCGCCCUAUCCAAAAUUCCCAAUGUUUCAGUUAAUAUCUACGAACAAGCUACAGUUCUACGGGAAGUAGGUGCUGGUAUAAGCAUUGGUUCAAAUUCGUGGAACGUGUUGGAGCUUCUCGGUGUCGCUGAUACGUUAACCAGUGGUCAUCCGACAUGGGUAAUUUUGAAUAUGAACGGGCGCUCCGGCGAAGAACUUGACCGUCGUGAGAAGCCGCGGAAUCUAGAGCAGCGAGCCCCAGUUCGAACUCAGCGGACGAAGCUUCAAUCGGCCCUCUUAGCGCAUGUGAAACCUGGCGUAAUACAUCUCUCUAAGAGAUUAACGCGUAUGGUUGAUAAAGGCAAAGAAGGUGUCGAGCUACGUUUCGAAGAUGGCAGCGUUGUGACGGCGGACCUAGUGGUUGGUGCCGACGGUAUCAGAUCCGUAGUCCGAGAUACGGCUUGGCCCAAUUACGAAAUAAAGUUCACAGGAACAACAAUAUGGAGGGCUCUCCUACCCUGGGACAACGUUAAACAUUUGGACCCUCGCUUUGGGAUUACUGGCUGGUGGCAUACGCCAACUACGCACGUUUAUUUCUCUCCUGUCGGAGAGGGGCUAUGGGAAAUAGCUUCGAGGGCGUGGCAAGAUCCAGCAACCCAUAGCGCGAAUAAGAAAAGCUGGGGCGUUCCAGUUGAUAACGCGCAUGUCGAGUCACACUUUACGGAAUAUCUCCCCGCAAUAAGAGAAGCGCUCGCGAGAGUGCCUCCUGGCGGGUGGCGCGAGUUCGCUGCAUUUGCUGGUCCCGAGCUUUCUCAACUCACUGCGUGGGAUAACAAAGUGGUACUCGUUGGAGACUCAUCGCACGCCUUGUCUGGCGCGUUUGGGUCUGGCGCAGGCUUCGCUAUGGAGGAUGGUUGGAUCUUAGCACAAGCUUUGGCGUACUGGAAAAAUGAUACCGGUAAGGCUCUACCGCUUUUUGACACUAUUAGAUUACCGUACUAUUCACGAAUGUACGCCCAUCUCUCUUCCGAGGCCGACAAACGUGCCGCUAAGUUGAAGGGGCUGGGGAAUCCUACGUUUGACGAGCGUGUCAGGAACAAGAUCAUUACAGAUGGCGGAAAAGAUAUGUCGUGGAUUUACAAGAAUGAUAUUGGCGCGAUUCAAUACAACGGUUCAAAAGAAGCUCAUAGUAGUCCCGUCCGCUGUAUACGAUAA